CUGCACCCGACACCGCCUAUCAUCCUGAUGCUAAGGCAUGCGCUCUAAAAAUAACGAGAUUGAUGUAUUACGGAGCGCAGGUUCCAAGUUUAGAGUUGCUAUGGUUGACGGUGGCUAUUUUCUGUCAAAAUAUAACAGCAGACGUAAUAAGUUCGACCACGGAAAGUUUUUUGUGCCCGUCGGGAUGCAUAUGUCUCUCCUCCAAACAGGUACUUUGCAACACCGGUGGAUUAAAGGAAAUUCCCACGUACCUUAAUCAAGGAAUUGAAGACUUGUCAUUGUCAAAAAAUGAUUUUUCAGUAAUUGAAUCAGACGCAUUCAAGGGCUUGCGUUACUUGCGUAAGCUGAGUUUGGACAGUAAUAAUAUAACGGUAAUUAAACCGUUUGCCUUUCGUGGAUUGACGACGUUGACUGAUCUGUCAAUUCAAUACACACCUCUGAGUUACAUUGGACAAUAUUCCUUUGCGACUUUACACAACGUCACCCUUAUUCUGCUUGCGCACAACAGAAUAAAGUACAUUGAAGAAUUCUCAUUUGCCGGAACUAGUAACAUUAAGUUGAUAUUGUUAACAAAUAAUCCGAUAGUUACAAUACAGAGUAAAGCGUUCUCGGGUCUGAAUAACGUCGAACGUCUGAUAUUUCCGUCAGGAAUAAGGACAAUCGAACCCGAUGCAUUCAACGGACUGUCGAAUGUUGGUCUGCUGAAGUUGACUUUCAUGGAUUUGACUAGUCUAUUACCGUUCACAUUUCGUGGUCUAAGUCACGUUCAAUUACUAAACAUACAGGAAAGUGAUCUUGGUACUAUUAAACCGGACGUAUUUACUGACUCAGAUCAUAUUGAUAAUUUAUAUAUACUUAAUAAUAAAAUAGACUUUAUUGAAGAGCUUAAACUGACGAGUGAUAAUGCCAUUGGGGUAUUGAGGUUUCAAGGCAAUCACGUGUUGCGUGCGCCGAGAGCUAAAGACACUUGGCUGAAUGUACAUUCAAUUUCAGCUCAGAGCAAUUACUUUUCUUGCGACUGUCUUAUUCAUGAAUUAUUCGACAGUGAUUUUACAAACGGCUCCGUCCAUGAGUUUCGUAAAAAUAAUUACUGCAUAUCACCGAUGGAGUACAAUGGCAGUCCGAUGAGCGAAAUUGAUUUUGAUUUAAUAGCCAGGUGUCAUGAUAAAGUACUGCAAGAUAAUCUUGGCUCAAGUGCUCCAUCUUUUAUGCGACAUUUUAUAAUUAUCGUACUUUCCAUCUUCUACGCCAUCCAAUAAAUCGCUUUGCUUGAUAACACCUACAAUUUAUCAUCAAUCAUCAUCGUUGUCAUUAUAUAUAAUAUAUAUUUGGAUACAUUUAUAGUCUAUUUAUCUAAUAAUUUUGAAUAUCAUUUGUUCGUACACUGUAAAAAAUUUUUCGACUCGGUGUAGUGUAAAUUACUCGGUGUAGAAAUUUUUCUGUGAAAAUAACACCAAAUAUUGGGUUAAAUUUACGCGGUGUGAGUUGAAAAUUUUUACACCGUCAAGUGUGUAAGUGUAGAAUUUAUGAUAACUUUGCGUUAAGGGGGGAAGCGGGUCUGAGAUACAAAAAAAGAGCAUAUUUUUGUGAUUUUUUUUUUCAGAGUACCUUCGUUAUUAAAAUUCUCAAAAUUUGUGACAUUAUUAAGCAUCAUUUCAAGAAUGUCCUGCUAAAUUUUCAUGAAAAAAUAUUGAAAAACAAGCCAGUGGUAGUGAGGAGAGACAAGCCACCUUAAAAAAGUUUCCAUGCCGCAGGCAGGAUAACUCAUGACUGCUUCUUCUGAAAUCACAAAACCAAAAAGAUUUCUUUAGUACAUAAGUUUAUCUUGGAUUUGAACAAAGGGUUUUUUUUUCAAUAGUUACUUAUUUUUUAAUUAAACAAAAGAAAGAAUUUUUUGAUUGCAGCUUUACCAAAAAUUCAAAAAUGAACAUUUUGUUAAUUUCUUCGUUCAAAUCCAUCAAACUUAUGUACUAAAGAAGUCUUUUUGGUUUUUUGAUUUCACAUGAGGCAGUCAUGAGUUAUCCUGCCUGCAGCAUAGAGACUUUUUUUUGUGACUCGGCUCUCCCCACUACCACUCGCUUAUUUUUCAAUAAUUCUUACAGUGUAUUUAUUGCUCAUUAAUUAAAAUUAUAGUAAUACAGAAUGGUGUAAAAAAGUAGAUUACACCAUUAAAAUUACACCAUUAUUUCAAACUAGAUGACCGUGUAAAGUUCUCCGAAGCUAUUUUUACACAAAAAUUUUUGACAGUGUAUGAUCAUAAAUUUUUUAUUGAUUUAGCGAUACUAUUAAUAAUAAUUUUGUUAAUUAA